GCGCUCCUUUCAUCGCGGGAACGCGCGGACAGGAACCGUCAGAACAUGAAGGAAGAAGAAGAAGAUGCGGCUGGCCUCUGAAAUGGAUCACAAAGCUGUUUUCACAGCUUUGGAGAAGGUCUGUGAAGACAACAUCUGUGUGCUGUGUGGACCCUCCGAGUCGCCGUACGGCACCAUAACCAAGCGCUUGGUCGCAUGUAUGAGGAAGAUCCAGCAGCAUGGCCGCGCCCUGGAGCCCGUGGUGGCCAGCUUCGCCGCCGUCUACCAUCACUAUGACUUUGACCCGCAGACACCUGGAAACGGAUACCGAACCCUGGUAAAGGUCUUGCAGUCCUGCCUCGUGCACAUCAUCCAUAAAGGCCGUUACAUCGCCUCCAACUACAGCGGCGCCUUCUUUAGGGCGGAGCACAACGCUACGGAGAUGGAGGCGUACUGCAGCGCCCUCUGCCAGCUGCGAGCCCUGCUCUACCUGGCACAGCAGCUGAUCCACGACAACGACCACGGUCAGCUGUACACGCAGCAGGACACCGACCUGAGCGACAGAUUCGUGCAGGAGUACAGCUCCAUGCACAAAGCCUGUUUCUACGGACGCUGUCUGGGCUUCCAGUUCUCUCCCGCCCUGCGGCCGUUCCUCCAAACCAUUGUCAUCAGCAUGGUUUCAUACGGAGAGACUUAUGGGAAGCAGCAGUCUGGGAUUGGAACAGCCGCCCUGUCGCUCCUCACAUCAGGGAAGUAUGUGAUCGAUCCGGAGCUGCGAGGGGCCGAAUUCGAACGCAUCACUCAGAACCUGGACUUGCACUUUUGGAAAUCCUUCUGGAACGUCACAGAGUCUGACAUUUUAUCAGGAUUUACCCGGAUCGCCUCGAACCCGGUGCAGGUGAACAUCACGCUGACCGUACCUCCGGUCAGCCUGCGUCUCCCUCUGGCCUCGGACCCCAGGCUGUCCACCAGCAUAUCUCCUCCCAUUGCCCACUGGGGCCCCGGGCCGGUCUACAUGAGGCUGAUCUCCUAUGAGCUGCGAGAGGGUCAGGACAGUGAAGAGCUGCUCAGGUUGUCCCAGAGCGAUGUGGGCCCCAUCUCAUCGCCUCGCCUGCCCUGGGUCCAAAAGAAGCCUCCAUCUCCUUGGCUGCUCGUCCAUUUCCACGGAGGAGGCUUUGUGGCCCAAACGUCACGUUCGCACGAGAAUUACCUUCGGAACUGGUCGAAGGAGCUGAGCGUCCCCAUCCUCUCUGUGGACUACUCUCUGUCACCUGAAGCGCCUUUUCCUCGAGCUCUGGAGGAGUGUUUCUACGCCUACUGCUGGGCCCUGAACAACUGUCAUCUGCUCGGUUCCACUGCAGAACGGGUCUGCUUGGCUGGAGACAGCGCUGGAGGAAACCUCUGCAUCACCGUGUCCAUGAAAGCCCUCACGGUCGGGAUCCGGGUCCCUGACGGCAUCAUGGCUGCCUACCCCGCCACCCUGCUCACCACCGACGCCUCGCCCUCCCGCCUGCUCACACUCAUCGACCCUCUGCUGCCUUUAGGCGUUCUUGCAAAAUGCCUCAACGCCUAUGCAGGUUCAGACUUCCAGACGGUCCAGCCUGCAGAGCGAAGAGGCAGCCUGAGCGCUCUGGGCCGAGACACGGCCCUGCUGCUCAGCGACCUCACUCAGGGAGCCUCCAACUGGAUCCAGUCCUUCCUGGACCCCAGCAGAGCGUUGUUUCGGUCACACAGAGGGAUCGAUCACCGCAGGGCGUCGGCUCCCGCCGCCACUGUGACCUCUGCAGACAUCCUUCACUAUCCGGACGGCUUUGAGCCGCUGCGCUCGGAGUGCCACGCUUACGUCCUUCCAACGUCCUGCCCUGUGAUGAGGAACCCGUUCGUGUCUCCUGUGCUGGCGCCGACCAGUCUGCUGAGGGGCCUGCCCCCUGUUCACAUUGUGGCCUCGGCGCUGGACGCCUUGCUCGAUGACUCGGUGAUGUUCGCCAAGAAGCUGCGGGCGGUGGGCCAACCCGUGACCCUGACGGUGGUAGACGACCUUCCGCACGGCUUCCUCAGCCUGUCGCAGAUCUGCAAGGAGACGCAGUUCGCCUCCGACAUCUGCGCUGCACGCAUCAUGGAGGUCUUCCAGCCAGAGAGCGCCGUCGGUAAACCGUCCACCCCGACAGACACUUAGCGGCGGGCAUCGGGGCGGUUCUAACACUUUAAUCCUUUACUGCACAGCUUAACUGUCUUUAACAGAUUUACCGACUAACCCUCUGAUUAGUGGAGCUUCUGGAAGCUCAGGAAAUGAUCUCUUCUUUGGGUUCUUAAUGGGUCACUGGUACCGUUUGGCAGCUCAACGCUGUGGGUUAUAAAGCCGUUUUUAAAAUGGGGCCAGGAGGGAAACCAGACAUUCCUCCUAUCAGAAACGCACUCCACCUCAUCCCAGUUCUGGUUCUGUUCUGGGGUCCGAUCCACCUCAGCUGACUGUUGGAGCAGCAGAACCGGAGCUUCAUCUUCCAGCCCAGCUUCUUCUUCCCCACCACAGAUGUUCUCAUGCCUCCGGAUGAAGCUCUGCUCCAUCCGGUCGUCUUCCUCCCCUUCUGCCAUCGAACCCGGUCCGUCUGAAGCAGAUGGACCACAGAGGGACUUUAAUCUGC